ACUGAUUGCCGCACACCGGCUGCUGCUGCCAGCGAGCGGGACUCGCUCCUGUUUGUCAUGUCUAGAAACUGGAAGAUAAUUUUUGUAUGAAGAUAUUUUUUUCUUUUUUUUUUAUUAGAGUGAUGCUGAGAGACAUGAUUGUGGAAGAAGAAUUUGAAAUUAAGGAGGAGGAACCUUGGUACGACAAGCAGGACCUUGAACAUGACCUACAGCUGGCCGCUGAGCUGGGGAAGUCUCUCCUGGAGAGGAACCGGGAGCUGGAGCAGGGGCUGCAGCAGAUGUACACCACCAACCAGGAGCAACUGCAGGAGAUCGAGUACCUAACCAAACAGGUGGACCUCCUCCGGCAGGUCAACGACCAGCAUGCCAAGGUUUACGAACAGCUUGACGUUUCAGCUCGAGAGCUGGAGCAAAGCAACCAAAAACUGGUUUCAGACAACCGGGCAGCCCAGUUGAAGAUCAAUGGGCUAAUGGAGACAGUGGAGCUGCUGCAGACACAGGUGGAGGAGCUGCAGCGUCACGUGGAAGAACUAAAACUAACUUCACGUCAGUCUCAGAGGUCUCCGUUUGGAGAAAAAUGGUCGCCUCGCAGCAGUCAGAGUGUGUCCUGUCUGCAGGAUCUGCAAAGCACACACAGGUAUGACGCUGAUGUGGAAGAACAUCCUGACGACCUUGAAGCACCAGCCACGUUGUGGCACGAAGAGGCGCAUGCUGCACUGCAGCAGUCCCUCCACACCCUUCAGACUCAGUUUGCCACCGAGCGUGCUCGGCGCGAGGAGGCGGAGACUGAGGCGGAGCUUCUUGCCAGAGAAAAUGCAGUUCUGGAGCAACAGCUGGCAAGAAUGGAGGGUUGCCAGGCCAGAGUUUCUGAGCUUGAACAAGAGGCAGAAGAACUUCGUCAGCUCUGGAAAUCACAGUCCUUGUCACGGUCAGCCAGGUCGGACGUCAUCCAUGGCCUUCUGCCGCACCCCCUGUUGCUCAAUCCGGAGGAGGAGGGCGAAGGUCUGCAGGCUCCCGUUAAAAGUCCAUCUGUUCUGAAGCGCUGGGCCAGUGAGCGUCUGAUGAAGGCCACUCAGGGACCAGACUCUCCAAACAGGAUCUAUGAUCACGAAUGCUCCUGCGUUCGCCGACCAGAAGUGGUGAAGUAUCGCGGAAUCUCUCUGCUUAACGAGGUCGACGCACAAUACAGUGCCUUGCAGGUGAAGUACGAGGAGCUGCUGCGCCGCUUUGGGAAUCAGGAGGAGCUGCAGGAGCUGAUGCUCAGUGAAUCUUCCUCUCAUCCUGCAGAGACGGAGGACAGCGAGGAUGACUUUCACCAACCAGAGUAUAAGGAACUUUUUAGGGAAAUCUUUUCUCGCAUCCAGAAAACCAAAGAUCUGAUUGAAAAUAGGGGAGGAGCCCCUGUUGCUGAACGGCCACCAUCUUUGGAUUAGUUUCUUCUGUAAGAGGACCAGCUGAGGGAUUAGAUGUUGACUUAGAAAAACAAUAAACUGUCUUUGUGAAGACUUGUUUUCCAAGUCGAUGACUGCAACCAAAGCAAGCCUAGAGAUAAAGGGGUAGUUCAGAAAGGACAGGGCUCAAUACGACCAGCUGAUGUUAAAAAAGUGGCUCCUUUUGCACAGAAACACCGUGCCUAAGCCUCUGUCUCCAAUGAACAAUCACUCUACCUCAAAACUGGGAUCAACAUGUGGGAGCCUUUCUGAAAAAAAUCUGUCCUCUUCCAAAAAAAAAAGGGAAAAACAAGGUGCACCUAUUAGGCUUUGCUUGGCCAAGAUUCUAGGUUUCUCUGACCUGCUGAAUCAUUUUUGAUUUCUUUGUCCUCAUGUAGCCGGUUGAUGUGUUUAUAGAUAGAAAAUGGAAGUUUAGUUGUAAUGCUUUUGAUGAGCAGAAAAAUGUAUUCAGAUUUUCUUCACUAUCUCAUCUUGAGAUCUGAGCUGAUAUUCUGGUACCAAGUAAAUUUCAGAAAUUAACUCAAAGUUCUGGUACUUGGUGGGAUCCCAGAAAGCAUCAAAGUUAUGUCCUGGAAAGUUAUCUCAAAGUUAUACCUAAAUAUAUUGAAUGAAAUGAACUCUGGUUGAAAUAUCUAUAAAUCUGGAAAGUUUCUACCUGGUUCAUUGGACAUAUCACAGGAGCUGCAGCAGGUUUACUUUAACAGCAAUCACAAAACUAAAGUUUCCUGAGAGAAUCCAAUGAAAACAUUUGGCUUAUAAACAUUUAAGUUAUUUAACUUGUAAUGUAGCACGUUGCUUGCCUGUAGUUUGCCUGCUGCCUUUAAUGCAACAACAGGCAGUUUAGAAAUUAGCAUUAGCAAGGAUUCAUGUGACCAUGGCUUCUAUGAGUGAAUUAGUGAACAAAUAGGUAAAUGUAUUUGGUUGUGUGACAUGGAAAAAACUUCAUGAAGAAAUGAGUGAAGCUUGUCUUCACUGAACUGAAAGACUGAGCAUCAAAACAGCAUCUUUGGGGGCUACUUUGUUGGCUUGUUUGUAUAAAUGCAAUCAGCUGUUUUAAGAUGGUCCUCACUACUGUGCACUAUAUAAUGUGUUUUCAACUCUUAUGAGCCAUAAAUAAUAAA